GCAUGUCAUAUGUAGAGGAAAUCUUGUUGGAAACAAAUCUGCAUAGUGCAAAAGUAUAUUUUAUAUUGGAUUGCCUUAACAUGGUUUUGACAAAAAAUUACUUUGCCUUUGAGGAUGCCUUUUAUUGGCAAACACAAGGCACCUCGAUGGGUGCUGCGGUUGCGCCAUCGUAUGCAAACAUUUUUGUAAACUGCUUGGAAAAAAAGUUGUUUUUGGAAAAAGAACCUUAUUGCAGAUAUAUUUUGAAAUAUUUCCGUUUUGUGGAUGACAUCCUACUUAUUUGGACAGGCUCUAAGGCAGACCUUAUAAGUAUGAUACAAGAGGCUAAUUUGAGUCACAAUACCAUAAAAUUUACCCAUGAGUGCUCAGAAGUUGAACUCAACUUUUUGGAUGUUACAAUAACUAUUAAUAAUGGUGUGAUACAAACUAGCCUCUAUAGAAAAUCAGUUGAUAAAAAAAAUUUGUUACACGUUAAAAGCUUUCAUAACCCCAAAGUGAAAAGAGCAAUACCAAAGGGUCAAUUUAUGAGGGCAAAAAGGAUUUCUUCAAGUAUAGAGGGAUAUGUGGAAGCUUCGAACACCUUGACUGGCCGCUUCCUGGAGAAGGGAUAUAGAUCAGAAUGUAUAAAAAAGGCCAUUAAAGAGGUUGAACCUAUGUCAAGGGACAGCUUAUUGACUACAAAACAAAAUAAUAAAGUUGAACAGAGAAUAGCAUUCGUGUCCACAUAUAGCCAAAAUAGUGAUAGGCUUGAAAAGGUGAUCAGAAAGUAUUGGCCACUAAUACAAUCAGACCGACAAUAUGGUCGGCUUUUUGCAGAUUUGCCUCUUUUUUGCUACAAACGUGGUCGUACCCUUAAAGAUCUAUUAUGCCCCUCAGACACCAGACCCAAAAAGACCAAAUUUCUUGGUAAACCAAGAUUUGGUACAUACCCAUGUCUAGGAUGUAAUUGUUGCUCUUCAAUAAUUAAGGGCAACAAGAUUAAUCAUCCAACAAAGGGAUAUGAAAUAAAUAUAAAAUGUCACACCACAUGUAAUUCUACAUUUGUAGUGUACUUGUUAAAAUGUCCGUGUGGCAUGGGGUAUGUCGGUCAAACGAAAAGAGAAGUGAAAAAGAGGAUUCAGGAACAUAGAGGUUAUAUUAGGAACUUUAAAACAGGUACACAAACAGAUACGCAGGUUUCUAGACAUUUUUUUGAAUGUAAUCAUAACCCAAUGCAACUUAGAUGGUGUGUACUAGAUGAGAUUGGGAUGGAUAUCAGAGGUGGAGAUAGACAGAAGAAAUUACUUCAAGCAGAAGGGAAGUGGAUUAGAAGGCUGAAUACAUUAACCCCUAAUGGGCUAAAUGAUAUUUAGAGUUUGAAACCAUUUUUAUAAUCUUUUCAUACCUUUCUUUCUUCUUUGAAUUUGCAGGCCCUGAAUUUUCAUCAGCAUAGAUGAGUAAAGUUAUGUGCACUUUCAGAAUACCGAAAAAUAUUAAGCACUAUGUUAUGGACAAUAUGGAUUUUUCAUUCACUUGAUGUCAAAUAUGGUUUCAAUGGUUAAAUGUCGUUUUGUAGCUUUUUAUUAUUAACUUAUGACACGCCUGUGGGCUAAUUAAUCACUUUAUGGGAGGGCUUAUAUAAGCCUGAUUUGUUCUGUAUUAGUUACACUUGAUAAAGGAUCAACAUGGAUCCGAAACAUGUCGUGUAAUAGCCUGAAUAAACACAUCACAGCAUAAAUUGCUAUCUAUGAGUGCUCUCCUCAUUCUUGGAAAUUUUGAAGAAAAUUAUGAAGAAGUAGGAAAACAGAUUAAAUCUCCAAUUCUGGAAACAAACUAGCAAGAACCAGUAAACCAAAUGCUUUGUAUGUAUGAAGGUUAAUAAUAUUUACAAGUAUAUAAACACUGAAAUAUCCAGCAAGUCUUGGCAUGCUUAUAUAUAUUUUGCAAUAUAGCAUAUUUAAUGUGCAAUAUAUUUUUGUGUAUUAGGAGCAAAUUGGCUUGUAUUGGUAGCUGCAGGAUUUUAAUAUUUAAAAUAAAGCUUUAUAAAUUUCACUUUGAAAACUUUAGCAGAUUAUAGUUUGGGAGGUUUAUUUGGAUGCCUUAACAGUUUUUACAAAAUUCCACAGUGAAAAAAACCUGUUGGGAUACAUGGUUAUGAAUUUGCAUAGCCUUUGCAAUGCCAGGCCAAAAUCACGUAGUGCCAAGAUAGCUGGCAUCUUGAAAUGGGUUGCUAAAAAUAAACUGUGCAUAAAUAUGUCCCUGGCAGGGUCCCUGUCUAAUUUCCUGGGGAUAGCAGAGAUCUAACACACUGAAAGGGAAUUUGUCAGCACCUGAUUUAGCUUCUGCCAGUCAUAGAUAUUUUAUACCAUAGACAAUAGCAGUUGAAUAUUGAUACAUACCCAUGCAUUAGUUAACUUUUUUUGCUCUAA